AUGGAAGUGCCCCUACAUCAACCAGGACCUAAUAAAACCAGUGCCAAGAGCAACAACUCUUCAUUUUUCUACUUUGAGUCCUGUCAACCCCCUUUUCUAGCCAUACUCUUGCUACUCAUAGUAUAUACUGUGGUCCUAAUCAUGGGCAUUUUUGGAAAUCUCUCUCUUAUCAUCAUCAUCUUUAAGAAGCAGAGAGAAGCUCAAAAUGUUACCAACAUACUGAUUGCCAAUCUGUCUCUCUCUGACAUCUUGGUGUGUGUCAUGUGCAUCCCUUUCACAGUCAUCUAUACUCUGAUGGACCACUGGAUAUUUGGGAACACCAUGUGUAAACUCACUUCCUAUGUGCAAAGUGUCUCCAUCUCUGUGUCCAUAUUCUCCCUUGUAUUGAUUGCUAUUGAACGAUAUCAGUUGAUUGUGAACCCUCGAGGCUGGAAGCCCAGGGUAUCUCAUGCCUACUGGGGCAUCAUCUUGAUUUGGCUCAUUUCCCUUUCAUUGUCUAUUCCCUUAUUCCUGUCCUACCACCUCACCAAUGAGCCCUUUCACAAUCUCUCCCUCCCUAAUGACAUCUACACCCACCGUGUAGCCUGUGUGGAGAUCUGGCCUUCCAAAUUGAACCAACUCCUCUUUUCCACAUCAUUGUUUAUGCUCCAGUAUUUUGUUCCUCUGGGUUUUAUUCUUAUCUGCUACCUGAGGAUUGUUAUCUGCCUCCGAAAAAGAACUAAGAAGGUGGACAGGAGGAAGGAAAAUGAGAGCCGCCUCAAUGAGAACAAGAGGAUAAAUGUGAUGUUGAUUUCCAUUGUAGUGACCUUUGGUGCAUGUUGGCUGCCCUUGAAUAUCUUCAAUGUCAUCUUUGACUGGUAUCAUGAGAUGCUGAUGAGCUGCCACCAUGACCUGGUAUUUGUAGUUUGUCACUUGGUUGCUAUGGUUUCUACAUGCAUAAACCCUCUCUUUUAUGGCUUUCUCAACAAAAAUUUCCAGAAGGACCUAAUGACACUUAUUCACCACUGUUGGUGCAUGGCACCACAGGAAAGAUAUGAAAAUAUCGCCUUGUCCACUAUGCACACGGAUGAAUCCAAGGGAUCAUUAAGACUGGCUCACAUAACAACAGGGGUAUAG